AUGGCGCGGCAAGUGCUAAACUAUCACGACGUGCAGCUGUACGAGUCGGAUGUGGCGCUGUUCGCAGGACGCCAGUGGCUCAACGACAAUGCCGUCAACUUCUACUUGCAGUAUCUGACGCAGACGGUGGCUUCACGCGACGUGCUGCUCAUGGAUCCGGCCGUGGUCUCGUGUUUGCAGCAUCAGUGCGAGGAUGAGGACGAGUACCAGGACCUGGCUUCGGGGCUCAAUUUAACGAGCAGACAGCUCUGCAUCAUUCCAGUAACCGACAACGACUCGCUGGGCGGGGACAGUAGCCAUUGGUCACUGCUGCUCUAUCGCGACGGAAUGUUCCAACACUUUGACUCGAGCUCAGGUCACAACAAACAUGCGGCACGGCGCGUAGCUGAACCCUUUGAACUUCUGCUGCAAGCUGCCGGGCGAUACGAUGGAGACGGAGCUUCUCGACACGUAGAGGAAGUGCAGGACGUCCCGCAGCAGCAGAACGGCUACGACUGUGGCAUGUACGUGUUGGUACUGGCUGAGUAUUUUUGCCGCCGACAUGCGGGCGAGAUGGAGACUGUGUCACUUGACGACUAUGCAACGCCAAAGAGAGUGACGGAACUUCGAUCGCAGAUGCCCAACCUCAUCGAGAGGCUGAAGAUCGCGAUCGUGCAGUAUGACUCGCAGCUCGGGCAGGUGGAGCGCAAUAUGGAGGUCAGUGUUGGUGCUGCGUUCAAGGCGAUUGCAAGCAGAUAUGUGAAGCUAACUGAUCCUCUCUUUGACUUGCAGUAUGUGGAUAAAAUGGUGGUGUUGCUCUCCGAAGAGGACAAAAUCGAUGUGCUGAUGCUGUCAGAGAUGGCAUUUACAGGGUACGUGUUCAAGUCCAAAGCUGAUGUGGCUCAAGUGGCCGAGGUGGCGGGUCAAGGACCGACAUUCCACUGGUGCCAGCGCCAAGCGCGUCGGCUGCACUGCAUGGUGACCUGUGGCUAUGUGGAGAAAGAAGGCGAACUGCUGUACAACUCGAUGCUGGUUGUUAGCCCUGAGGGUGAACUCGUGUGCAAUCCACGCAAGACGUUUUUGUAUGAGACUGACAAGUCAUGGGCCACAGCAGGAAACGGUUUCUGUACGUGGCACUGUCCGUGGCUCAACAAGACCAUUUCCUUUGGAAUCUGCAUGGACAUCAACCCGGAUGACUUCAAGGCUCCGUUCUCGGCGUAUGAGUUUGGCACGCAUGUCGUGGAGAACAAGAGCGACUUGGUGCUGUUCGCUUGUGCCUGGAAUGACUUUGAGGAUCAUGAUGUCGAGCCGUAUCGGACGCUCUCCUACUGGGCGGAACGUCUGUCCCCGGUCAUCACGGCGCUGGGGACAGGAGAAUAUACCAAACCAAACUGCCAUUUUCUGUGCUCAAAUCGAAUUGGCUCGGAGAAUGGCACGUUUUUCGUUGGGGCGAGCUGUGUCCUCUCUCUCAAGGAGCCUGCUGUGGUUGCACACGCCGGACGGCGCUCAGAGGAACUACUCCGAGUUGAGGUUCCUGACGAAGAAAUUGCAGCAGGUGAGUAAUAGACUGCUUAGUGUUAGAAGCAUGAGUCCGGUAGUGGAAUCAAUAUUGCUUCAAUGGUAGAUCACAAUCUUUAAUUCAUUAGGCGUUCAAUG